CAGCUUGGCCGACGAGCUCAGUUUCAAAGAUGACGUUGUCGAGUUUGGACGUACACUGAAUUUUUUCGGGUGAUUUUAGUGACUUUCUCAGCAUCCGUCCAUGUGUGAUGCCUUUAAUUUAUCCCUAUUAUGUAUAUAAGUGAAAGCGCUCUGAGAUAGCAUUAUUUAUGAGAUAAGUCGUCAUGCUGAGGUUUUUCAGCAAACGAGUGGGGCGAAAUGCCCAGAAAUACAAGACUGUGGACGAUGGGCGGUCGGGAAGCAUUGUCGUUAAACCGAAGCAUAUUUUGCCCUGCAAGGUCAUGCUCUUGGACGAAACUGACCUCUCCUUCGAUAUACCGAAAAAGUCGCUGGGCCACGAACUGUACGAAAGGGUGUUCUACUCUAUGGACAUCAUAGAGAAGGACUAUUUUGGCUUGCAGUUCACCGAUGCCAACAACGUGCCGCAUUGGCUCGACCCAACGAAGACCAUCAAAAAACAAGUCAAAAUUGGUCCACCAUACACAUUCCGCUUCAAGGUGAAGUUUUACUCUUCAGAACCAAAUUUGCUGAGAGAAGAACUUACCAGGUACCAGUUUUUCUUGCAACUGAAGCAAGACAUUUAUUCUGGGAGACUGGACUGUGUUUAUGCCCAGGGCAUCGAACUUUUUGCUUUGUGUCUGCAGUCUGAGCUUGGUGAUUAUGAUCCUGAGGUCCAUACACCAGGCUUUGUAUCGGAGUUCCACUUCACCCCAAUCCAGACAGAUAUGAUGGAAGAGGAUAUCCUGGAAAAAUUUAAAGAAAUGGGAGGAUUGACUCCUGCCCAGGCUGAACAAAGCUUUCUUAACAAAGCCAAGUGGUUGGAGAUGUAUGGAGUAGAUAUGCACACAGUGUUGGGAAAAGACGACAAAUCUUACCGACUAGGUCUCACUCCAACUGGAAUUCUAGUUUAUGAGAAUGAUAUAAAGAUUGGUCUCUUUUUCUGGCCCAAGAUAACCAGGCUUGAUUUCAAGAAGAAAAAACUGACUUUGAUGGUUGUUGAAGAUGAUGAUGAAGGCCGUGAACAUGAACAUACGUUUGUGUUUAGGCUACAUAAUGAGAAAGCUUGCAAACACCUCUGGAAAUGUGCUGUUGAACAUCAUUCCUUCUUCCGUCUAAAAGCUCCAAGCAAAGCACCUUCAGGAAGGCAAAACUUUUUCAGGAUGGGCUCCAGGUUCAGAUAUAGUGGUCGCACAGAAUUCCAAACUACCCUGCAACAAAGAGCUAGGCGCACAGUUCAGUUUGAGCGCAGACCGAGCCAACGUUUUGCCAGGCGACAGAGUCAUGUCACAAAGGAGAGAGAGAGGAGGAGUAUGAUUGACCCCAAAAAAUCAGGAAAAGCCAAGGAAGUAGCCACUCCUGUUGUCAGCACAACUGCAGCAGUAGCAGCUGCUACCUCAGAAACUCCGUCCAAGAGUGUUGUCACUACCGCAGCUGCUCCCAAUGGAACAACUGCAACAAGCACUGUUGCCUCUGGUGCUACCACCAAAACAAGCAUCUCAGCAUCCAGCACUUCUACCAUUCCAUCCUGUACCACUACACCACCACCAUCCCCUCUUGAAACCCCUUCAUCUCCUGUACCUGGAGCUGGUGUAAUGUCUCUUAAGGCUGUUCCUUCCGUCACCUCGCAUACGACUUCUUCCACCAUUUCAUCUACCAACGGUACAUCUGCUGGGGUUGCGCCAGCUGCAUCGUCAUGUAAUGGCACAGAAGAUGUCUCGUAUGCGGCUGAGGACAGGCUUGACAGCUUGAUUAAGAGUCUUGCUAAAGACUCUUCAGUACCAAGAUAUUUGGACAGUUCAGUUAAUGAUCUUGCCCUGGCUAAGCCAUGUCAAAAAGAACUUGUUGGGGCAGAGGCUCUCCCACAGCCUACAGGGGCCAUAGAAGCUGAAGUUUUAGUGAACAAAAUGAAGAACUUGGAGAACACAAGUAAUGCCAACCUUGCAAAUGGUGGUGGAAGUCUUCGUGGAGUACCCAGUGUAUUGUCUGCCACUACAACUACUACUAAGGUUAAGGAUGUUAAUGUUGUGGUGCUUCCUAACAACCAAGCAACUCUUACGAAAAAUGCUGCCCGUCCUAUACCACCUGAGCAGUUCAAAUCAAACAUUCUGAAAGCCAAGGCUGAGGAAGAGUUGAAAAAGGGGCCAACCAUUACAGCAAGUGAAGUAGAUAAAGUACCAAGUAGUAAAGCAAAGAUAGCAAAUGGGGAGGUGGCUGAUAGCUCAGCUUGUAGUGACGAGCCAGAGGGUGCCGUUGAUGGUGGCUCUUUGCCUCGUAUGAAAAAAGCUGGGAAUGCCGAUGUCUGUGGGAACAGUGAUGGUGCUACAUUUGUCUCUGUGGGAGGUGAUAAGCUGACAUUGUCCCUGGGUGCUGGAGAUGCUAGCAACACCAACAACAACCUAUCCUCCUCCCUAUUGUUGGAAGGUUGGGAAGGAAGAGAUCUUCACCCCAGUGAGGACCCUACACCCCUUCUCCAGUUAGAACCUACUCCUGUCACUGUCAUUCAUUUCACCAGCCCUAGCCAGACAAAACCAUUGGAUCUCCACAACAUUAGUACUCACUCUCAUGACCAUGCUGAUUCCCAAGCUAGUGUCCCUGUCACAAACACUCAUAACAGCUUCAAUCCUUUCAACCCAUUUGCUUCUAGCAUUAUCAAGCCUGACAAUCCUUUCAUUAGUUCCGCUAAUAAUAAUAAUAAUCCCUUCAGCAUGUCAGCUGCCCCUGUAAACCCUUUCACAAAGUCCUCUCCUUCUUCCCUGAGCUCCACAACAUCCACUUUGACUGGGAGCAAGGCAGCCUCCAGUAGUGAGACAGAUGAGGUCACUGGAAAUGGAUUAGAAGCCAGUCUCAGUCCACCAUACUCUCCUGAUCCUACUGGAGGUGAAGACAUUCCUUCUCCGCCUCAGUCACCUCGUUCUCUUUCUUCCUCUACGUCCUCUCAGGCAAGUUCCCCUCCUGCAUCCCUCUCCAUAGACCAUCCACCCAACCAAGAUGUAGAAAAAGAGACAAAUUUCACGGCAAACCAGCCUGUGACGCGGUCUGUAUCAUCAACCAGUAACUGCAGCUAUGGUAUGAAUAAGACUCUCCACACUUCAUCUCUAAACCAGAUGUCCCCUUGGUUGGUGGCAGAUCCUCCUGCACCAAGCAACAAGCUUGAGGCCCCCAAAAUGCGCACGGUCAUUACCACGGAGUUGUAAGGAACUCCAUAGUCACGAUGCACCUGUUUUAUUCUUUGUUUUAUCACAUAAGAGUAUUAUCAUGUGAUUUUUUUAUUAUAUGUAAGGUGUUUUUUGUUUAACUAGAUACAUACUCCAAUCAUCAUGGGAGUCAUUCAACUUAUUGUGCUCCACAAUAAUUGUCAAAGGGUAAAAUGUGCCUUCAUUUUUCUUCUUUCCAGUGUGUUUAGGAAGUAAGUUUAACAACUUGUAAAUAGUCAUCUCAUAUCUUCAUAAUGAAUGGUUAAUUGUAAGGGAUUUCAUGAAAUCAUGGUUACAAUUUUAUAUAUCUAUAUAUUUAUAUAUUUGAAUACCUUUUGAAUCCAAAAGGUUUAGGAGUUGCAGCACAGUAUGUGAAGGAUUCAAGUACAUUCCUUUUUAUUCAGUUGCCCCCCUUUUUUUAAGUUUUAACUGUUUUGCAUUUGCUUGUGAAGAAGUUUUGUACAGGCUUGUGCAUAUACCCUAAACUUACAGGAAAAAGAGCAACAUUCUUCAACCUUAAAACUUCUGACUGUUCUCCAAAGGGAGAAGGAGACCAAGUGAACAAGCUAAAGUGUUGAAUAUCCAUUGUAAAUUAGCUUGGAACUGCUGAAAAUGAAAGGUUUAAGACUGUUGGUCAAUUGCUAGUUUUUAGAUAUAGAAAAGAAUAUAUUCUACUCUUGCUUUAUUAUUAUACUCAUCAUCAUCAUCAUCAUACAGUUAACCAUUCCUCAUUAUAUAAUAACUGCAUAUAUUUCUGUCUUUAUACAAUAUUGGAGCAUUGCUGUUAUAUCUUGUCUUGAAGCAAGGCCUAAAAUGUAUUUUGUUCAUGCCCUGAACAUUUGCUGACUAGGGUUUUUAAGACACUCACUCCUGGCCCCCUAUCACAGCAUAGGGUUGUCUUUCAUGCGGUGUGCUUCACAUGCCUUUGCUCAAACAAAAAUAAAUAAAUAAAUGAAUGACCAACCUCCUAAGAAUGUCAACAUAUGAUUCUUAAGUGCUCUUUGUGCCAAACAUUGUGCAAUAUAUUCUGAUGCUGUCUUCUCUGUAAGGUCAUCAAAGAGAUAGAAGGGAUGCUGUGCACUUUCCCAACCACAAGGCUACUGAAGUACAACCUGCUUUCAAACUACUACUGUCUUUUUUUUUUGUCUCUCUGGGGUCUUUUUGUAAUAAUAGUAAUGAUAAAAAGAUAUCCAGUUAGAGAAAGAUGUAUAGAAUGGACUGAAAGGAAAUAUUUCACUUUAAAUGUUACUUAUUUUGAUAAAAAUCAAGGUUUUAUUUUUUGCAUAUUUCAGACAUUUUUAGCACAUUUUCCUUCAGUUCUUCUGUAUUAAAUGUUUUUCUUUUUUUUCAUGAAUCGGGUGGUUUGGCCUUAACAAAUUGGUACCAGGAGUGGUGUAGGUUGGCUAAAUCCCUUUUGUUUGGCAUUUGGGUUAUGUAGAACUAGAUCAUCCUUAAGCUCUUGCUUUUGUUACUUUACUUGUUUACCUUAGUAUGUGGCAUGUUUUAUUUUGACAUGUUGUUACAAUUAUUCAACUUUUUUUUCUGUGAUGUAACAGGUAGAAUAAUUUUCUUUUGUGAUGAACUGCAAUGAUGUUAAUAUUUCAGAAUUUUUAUACUUGUUUCUAAAUGAGUUCCUUCGUUCACUUUCUCUUUAAUUAUGCCUUAUCUGUGGAGAAAAAUGAUGCCUUAAAACCCAGUUAUGAUACAAUGAACACAUUUGAUGCAUUUCAUUUAUGUUUAAUGUUAAGAAUAUAAAUCUGGAUGCUUUGAUGACUAACAUUGAGCUCGGAAAGUGAAUGGUGACUUACAGUUAAAAGUGUUAUGUAUUUGUACAUUGAAGAUGUAAUAUAUGUGUGAUAUGCAA